CAAUUCGUUCAUCCGAUAAAACACGAACGCAGCAUUCGUUCAUUCGUCACUUCCCGAUUACCGGUUUCCUGUUAAAGAUGGCGGCGACCUUGUUUGUAAAAUUUCUACCGAAACAGGGAUGGCUUCCCCUGACACAGUCGGUUCGGCACGGCUCCAAGGCCGUGACUCGCCACAGGAGGCCGAUGCACAUCCUUAAACAGAAGCUCAUGGCCGUGACGGAGUACAUUCCACCUAAACGGGUCAUCCCUCCUGGAGCCUAUCCAGCCCAGCGCAGAGGAGGCCAGGAGGACAGUCCUUAUACGUUGGUCUUGAAGAAGAAUUUGAAGGACGUUUUCCAGGACUCAAAGAUGGUCGCUGUGGUCCAGAACAACGCCUGUAACUAUGAAGACAUGAUGAUUCUAAAGAACAGACUCCAUAAACAUGGCAUCGCCGUCAAGUUCUUCCCCAACCAGGCGGUUCGGUCGUUCCUUAAAGACAGCCCUUUCUCCAACAUGGCUCCUCUGUUCAUCGGUCCCACGGUUCUGUUUGUCAGCAAAGAGCCAAAAGUGAAGGAGAUGCUGUCAACUCUGAGGGUCAGCCAACAAAUGACACUGCUUGGAGCCUGUGUAGACAACACGCUGCUGAGCGCUCGGGGACUGGCGAGCUACUCCAAAUUGCCGUCAAUGUCCGUAAUUCAGGGCGAGCUGGUCAGCGGGCUGACGAUGCUCACCUCCCACACAGCUGCCAUGCUGCAGCGCCACCCGGCCCACCUGUCGGCCCUCCUCCAGCAGUACAUCAAACAGCAGAGCUCGGAGGGAGCGCCCAAAGCAGAAGAGGCCACGUAGAGGAUCGUUUAUUGUAAUUUCACAACUGAGUUGCAGGGAAGCUUUUAAAAUGUGGACUGGAGAAGUUCCUCUAGCCUUGAAAUUGACGAUCGUACAAUGUGCAUCCAGUCAGUGUCCCCAAAGAAAUUCCUUCCUAUGUAAAUAAACUAUUUCCAAACAAAA